AUGCUUAGCAUCGCUCUCGCCCGUGCUUACCAACAAUCGUUCGAGUCUCAUCCAAACGGCACACUCGCCAUUGCCGGCGGUGCGCUCAAUGCAUUAGGGGAUGUCGUCGCGCAGAUGGUACAGCAGUUUUCUGCAUCUCACGACCCGCACAAAGAACGGAUGCCAUAUGACCCCUUGCGCACUCUCCGUUUCUUCUGUUUCGGUGCUGGAAUGAGUCCAAUGAUUGGUCGCUGGAAUAGAUUUCUCGAGGCUAGGUUUCCAUUGCAAGCGCGUCAGCAGUCUGGCCACACUACCCCGCGUUGGGCUACGUUAUGCAAACGAGUUGCCUGCGAUCAGAUAGUAAUGGCACCUAUUGGCCUCGCGGUGUUCCUUGGUUCAAUGGGCGUGAUGGAAGGACGUGAUGGGGCGCACAUUCGCGGCAAGUACAAAGAUCUCUACCGCCCUGCACUCAUCGCCAAUUGGAAAGUCUGGCCAGCCGCACAGUUUGUGAACUUCCGUUUCAUGCCCUUGGCCUAUCGGGUACCCUUCCAGCAGUCUUGCGGGGUGUUCUGGACGCUUUACCUGUCUAUCAUCAACUCUAAGUGA